CCAUAGGCCAUGCUCUUCAAGGACCAUCUGGAUCUGCUUGUCCUGGCAUACACCCUGUAAUUCACCCAGUCCUCCAGCAUCCUUCCAGCCCAUCCCUUCAUGGAAGAAGAUAUGCUGGGAUUUGAGGCUUCACACUAAGAGUCUUGAUGGAUGCCUUGCCUCUCUGGUCCUCGAAGGUCUUGGGACUGAGGUAGACACAAUACAGACAGUGGAAAGAAGGAGAGAAGCUCAGUUGCAUGCAGUUGACUCCCAUCAGCCUCUUCUCCUGAAGAGCAGCCAACAAGCACACAGUUCACGAGGAAAAGGAACCCAGAGACUUCCUGGUGGUGAUGUCACAGGUCCCAGACAUUCCAGGUAUCCAGGAGACCGAGGCUGGGGAAGCUGAAGACCUUCCAGGGACGGGCCUCCUCCUUCUGCUGGAGGGACCAUGGCAACGAACGGAGGAGCAGGGACCUUCUUAUCUGUCUUCCUGCUGUGCUGCUGGCCAGAUGUGCAGCCCUGGCCGAUUAGAGAGUUUUCAGGUUCACGUUCUAAACAACUGCCAAGAUUUAACACUCUGGAUGAAGACAUAGCCACAGUGUUUGAUGAAAUUCUAGUCCGGGAGAUUUUGGAGCCAAAGAAACUAUCAUAUUUGGAAAAUCCAAGCCCAUCAACAAUCUCACGAUCAAAAACAACGAAGGAUAAAAUCCACAAGAAAGAAUCCAGCACUCCUAAGAAACAUCAAGAGAAGCAAUUAUCUUCUGGGAUCAUAGAUACCCUUUCCUUUGAUGAUGGAGAGAAAGAAACACUUUUUCAGAUGAAAAGCCUUGAAGCUCUGGAGAAUAUCAUUGACACUAUUCGAAGAGCUAUUGGAACUCAUCUCAAGAAUAACCGGAAGUUUCGGAAAAGCAGGAGAACCAGACAACUCCUGGGGAAACUGAUCUAGCCCUAAGUACCAAGACUGGCAGAGGGGCAAGCCACUGCCCGACCCAGGGACAGAAUAGAGUGGAGGCAGCCACCACCCUGUGUGAAGAACUGCACUCAAGGAGCACCAAAUGCAAUUCGCAUAUUUAAAUAUUAAGAUAUCAAAAGUGGCUUUUUAA